AUGUUUGUCAAGUUCAGAACUGAAGGAUUCAAUGGCUAUUCCGUGAAAUGGAGCCCAUUCUUUGAAAACAAGUUGGCUGUUGCCUCCUCUUCUAAUUUCGGCCUUGUUGGUAAUGGACGCCUUUGGCUUUUGGGCGUAGGACCUGAGGGCAUUGUUGCAGAGCGAGUUUACGAUACCCAAGAUGGCUUGUUUGAUAUUGCAUGGAGUGAAGUCAAUGAGAAUCAGCUUGUUACUUCCAGUGGUGAUGGAUCCAUCAAGCUUUGGGAUGCAACAUUGGCGGAUUUCCCCAUUCAGAAUUGGCAAGAACAUCAACGUGAAGUGUUUUCAGUGGAUUGGAACUUGAUUACCAAAGACAUCUUCUCGAGUGGCUCUUGGGAUCACACUGUCAAGAUUUGGAACCCGCAAGCUCCUCGAUCCUUGCAAACAUACACGGAGCAUACCCAUUGCGUAUACAGCACAGCAUGGUCACCUUACAAUCCCACAUUGCUUAUGUCCGGCUCAGGUGACCAAACCGUCAAGGUGUGGGAUAUCAAGAGUCCACGUUCAGUACAGACGAUUCGUGCACAUCACAACGAAGUUUUGUCGGUGGAUUGGAACAAAUAUCAAGACAACAUGUUGGUAACUGGAUCUGUGGAUCGUACCGUCAAGGUGUGGGAUAUGCGACGACCCGAUCGUGAAGUGGUGUGCCUUGCAGGUCAUGAAUACGCUGUUCGACGUGUCAAAUGUUCGCCACAUAGACCCAACGUUGUUGCAAGUGCAGGAUAUGAUAUGAGUGUUCGUUUCUGGGAUACGGCAGCACCCCCUGGUCGCAAUAUGAUGGAGGUUCAUGAUGCUCAUACUGAAUUUGUCCUUGGCGUUGACUUUAAUCUUUACAUGGAAGGCCAGGUUGCCACAUGUGCUUGGGACGAGAACUUGCAUGUAUUUAUGCCCCCAUCACUCCUUCGUCGGUAG